AUGUUGACCACACUUCAGCCACUUCAUAGUUCUCCAACAGCUUACAAUUACAACUACAAUUGCAACUACAACAAUUACAACAACAAUACUGGCGCAACAACAUUGAUACACAAUAACAACAUGACGAAAUCAUCCUUGCUGCAAUAUUCACUCCUGCCACAGCCUCAACAAGUACAACAACAGGCUUACUACCAACAACAGCAACAACAACAGCAACACCUGCGUCCGACGAGCCCCUUACGCUCACCCAGUCCAACGGUUGUACCAAAUUCAAAUCAUUUACCAACCCAUUCAGCAGUUGUUUUGCCAUCGAUUCACUCGUUGAACAUCCCAACUUUCCCCCAUUGUGAAGAAGAAGUGCACGUCAAUAGAUCAUCUAACAUCAGAUCACCCCCAUUGUUGAUACCUAAAAGUGAUAUCACCAUUGAGUCUAAUCGUGCUUCAUCCACAUGUUACAGUUACUCAAGCGACACCCUGUCUGUGCCACCAGUGCCAUUAUCAAGUCAAGUCCCAUCAGCAUCUUCUUCAUGUUCUUCUUCCACAUACAACUAUACUCAUACGCCGUUAGCAUCUCCAUUUCCCCUUGCUCCACUUGCUACAAUGACCGCAUCAUCAAAGUCUCAACAACAAGAGCAGCCACCUACAGUUCUCCUUCACCUGCGUUCGCCAUCUGCUUCUGACCAUGAAGAGUAUACUACUGACCACGAUGGUUCCUCGUCCUCACCAACACAAUCGAAAAAGAAUUGGAAACCUCGUAAAAAGAGACAAUGUCCAGAAUGCAAAUUGUAUUUCUCCAAUUUGGCAACACACAAAUCAACACAUUUGAAACCAACCAAUCGUCCACAUAUUUGUGAAUACUGUCAACGUGGAUUUGCUAGGCCCAAUGACUUGUUUCGUCACACCAAAUGUCACUGGAAGGAAAUUGGAUCUGAUAAAGGUCAAUUCAAAUGUCCAUUCAAGACAAUAUCAUCAUCCACCAUUACUGAUAGUAAUGAUGGUGAUGACUUGAGAUUUUCAUCAGCAGUUGCUAGUAGCCAUGAUAGUUGUUGUCAUAGCACAGGAAUCUUUUCUCGUUGUGAUACAUUCAAGAACCACUUGAAGGCAAUUCAUUUCCAAUACCCCCAUGGAACCAAAAAGGAUCAAAGAAACAAAGUUGCUGGUAAAUGUCGCAUGUGUUUGAAAGAGUUUGAAAAUGUUGAUGAUUGGAUUCAUAAUCAUAUUGAAACUGAUUCGUGCCCAUAUGCAGUAAACAAAACAAAGAGAGAUUAG